GGGAGAGGAAAGCUGUCUGCGAAGAAGAGGGAAAUGUAGUUCUGCUUUAUUCAGUUACCUCUUUUGUUUUGAGGAAUAUCAUGAAAUUGAAAUGACAUUUUUAUUUGCGUGAACAAACGCUUAAAAUAACUAUUUCAUAAUAAGGUUAAGAUAAGAACAACGCAGGCUCGAGCAAGCACAAUGACAUCAUUCCCGGAAAGGUGCAAUAUGGCGGACGACAAUCUUGUAGUCUAAGUUCGCCUGUUACUGUUUGGUUCAUCACAAGCUGGCUAAAUGGCGUCGUUUCAAAAGACAUUUAGAAAGAGCGGUAGCCGUAAGUUUAACUCAUUUCUUUUUCCUUCUGCACACUAUUCAACCGAAAAGAUAGAUUUCCUCUAUUUCAUGGUUUCACGUACAGACAAUCGUCAAUCUAAAUAUGCACGAAUUUGCUGACCGUCUUCCAUUCGCUAUCAAAAUAUUUUUUUGCAUAGCUUUAGUACGGCCAAUAAAACUAUUAGCUUACAACAAUGUAAUAUAAGAUAGGAGGUUUAUGACAUUUGACGUUCUCGGUUAAUCGAAGAUUUGAUGUUUUAUUUGGUUCCAUCCAUUUCACAGAUCAUGCGGAGUUUCAUUCGCUACAAGGGGUGGAAAUUAAAAUCGGAGAAAAGUUCAGACCACCGAAAAAGGUAAAGUAUGAAAAGAUCUUGUUCUUAAAUCUUUCCUUUCCAUUAUUUUUUCUCUAUCUAAGCUACUUAAUUCAAGCUUAUUUAUCAUGUACAAUAGGUGGCUUUGUUUUUAACAGAACUUUCUUGAAUCGAUCCCCAGGUGUAUCUUUCUAUUAUCAAUAAUGUAUUACAGUUAUUUACAAGGUUAUAGACAGGAAUUUUUAAUGGCAAGGACUUACACAGGCAUGUUGCUUAGGUUUCAGUUUUGCAAUGGGAGCUACUCCGACGUGGGCUCUUGAAAUUGCGCUAGGGGUCACCCCUUUACUGCCUUUGAGUUUCGGCCAUUGACAAAACUUGGAUAGGAUCAGAUCAGAUCCAGCCGUGAACCCUUAAUAUUGUUGUUGACAGAGUUACAGGGGUUGAUCCAGUGUGGUCAAAUCCAAGUUUUGUUGUUGCCUUUUGAGUUAGCCAUUUAUUUUUUGUCUCUGAAUGUGGCAAUGAACACUCAGGGCUGUUGCUAAGAUUUUAAGAUACCAGGUUUAUGCAAUUAGUAGGGAAUUAAACAGCUUGGAUGUUUUGUUUUUUCGUUCAUUUUCCCUUUUGUUUCUUAUGAAAGUAGCCAGGAGUUACCCUUGUAGUAGUUGGAGGAAAUCCCUAGGCCCCCAGCCCCUGCAUGACAGCCCUGAACAUUAACACAUAUAAUAUGUGCAUUUGUAUAAUAAUACAUAAUGUAAAACUAUUUUCAGGUAACUCUGCCUGUUGGAUGGCAACAGAAAGAUCCCUCAGGUGUACUAAGUUUAACGGUAAGUUGACAUAAAUGUUUUUUAAAUGGAGAAUAAAGCUUUCUUUAAUUUUAGACUGUAGUUGACAAUGUGGACAGAUUGUAGAUAACAACAAUAACACUUUAGAAUAGAGAAAGGUUUAAUUCUUUUAUUUUUAGUUUUGUAAGCCCACUUAAAGAUAUUCUCAAUCUGUAAUGUUUGACAGUAUUUACACUGUAUGUUUGCUGGUUAUAGGAGCUGACUUGACUUCAACUCAAUAUUAUACACUAUCUUUAUGGUCUUUUUUAGUAUGACUUCAGCCGUGAAGAAGAUGUUGUUUCCAAGUCUGAGGCACUAAAGGCCUCAAAACAGGAACAGCCAGAAAUUUCUUCCACCGAAGCUCAAGUUACAAGUGCAUCUGUGGACACUACAGAUACAGCCACAAAUCAUAACUCAGUUUUUUCUAAUGUUGGAAGUGAAAUCCUUCAACCUGUUGUGGCUCCUGGAUUAGGACAUAAGAAGAAAGACAGUUUUGGUGGGAAAGGCAAAAACGCAUUUGAUAUUUCGGACUUUGAAGGUGAUACUUCAACUCCAUUUGAGCUAGUAGAAUUACAGACAAUAAAUGACAUGGAUGAACUUAAGAAUGUCCUUCAACCCAAUGCUUUACCAGCAACUACAUCAGAAAAUUCAGCACCCAGGAUGGCUUCUCCUUUGGCAAGUAUAAACAAUGUAUCUCCAACAAACAACGUGUCUCCCUCAGGGAAUUCAUUAGUUGAUAUUUCUAGUCUUCAUAUCGCUAGUGAGGCUACAGCAUCUCUUUCUUCUAGAGGCAUGCCUGCGACUAAUGUUGGUACAGAGGCAAGUUCAAUAUUGGUGGAUAUUGGAGAUUCACAACCAACUAGUGUAGCUCCUGCAGCUGCAGUUCCUGCAAGUAAUACUUUUCAAAAUACUUCAUUAUCCAAUACAAACAGACCUUUUUCAAGAGGAGGGUUGUUGCCACCUAUUGGUCAGAGUUUUCCUUCACCAGUUCCUCAACAACAGCAAGGACAACAAACAUUACCAAUGCCUGUAUAUAGUAGUACAACUAGUAGUUCACUACCAGGAGGAAUAAAUAGCUUUCCAAGUAGUGUUGCUCCUAGCCAAGGACAGUAUCCAGGCAUGAAUAGCUGGAAUAGCAACACACAAUACAAACAAUAUGGUGCACCUACUACUAUAGAUCAACAGUGGAAUAUGCCAAGAUCUCCCGAAGUCCAGGUUGGUUUGGUUGUGUGUCUGUUAGCUGGAAUAUUUAAUAUUUUCAUAACCUCACAUGUCUAUGAUAAUGUAGCUGAACUUUCUAGUAUUGGUAAUGAUCCAGAAUAUUUGCAGUCAAGGUUCAGAUGAUGACGCUUGCUGAGGCAUAAUGGAGGUCAUUAUUUUCAAUCUCUUGCUAGAGACAGGACAGUCUGCAAUCACCCCUCCCCCCUCUCCUCUUCUCUACGGGUGACUUGGUUCUAGGUCUUAUGAAUUCUGCUAGUGCAAACACAGCAAAGAGGGUUAAUUAACAUAGAAACAAAAGGCUUAAAUUUUGCAUCUUAACAUCUGUUUGAACCCUGACGUUUUCAACAUUAAGUUGGAAGUAACAAGUGUGAGUAUUUUGCCGUCAUUUUCAGAUACCCGGAGGUCUCUUUCCUUCUCCUUUGCCACCUAUUGGAAAGCCAUGUGAUGAAACUCUUAGCAGGCAAACCUCUUGUCAAUCCUCUCUGGCUGAUCCCUGGCCUGUCCUAACAGAUAAGGAACAAUCUUAUGCCAGUACUAUUAUUAGCAUGGGUUUCCCAGCUCCUCGGGUGGCUAGAGCUGUACAGAGACUUGGAACUAAUGAUAAGGAGGUAAGCAGGCAAACAGGGAGUGAGGAUUGAGCACAGGCAACAGGAAAGUAAACGAAUGAAAAGAACCAAACAGAGUAUUGGAAAUGAAGUUACUGAGAGCUGGGCUGGGAUUCCAGUUGGUUUUGUUCCCAUUUUUCAUUUUCCCAUUCCCUGUGCUUGUUCCCCUUUUUAGCGACAUGGUCAGGUACAAUAAGACAGUUUCAGCAACUAGUCUCGAUGUGAAUUGAGGUGUGUGGUACAGUGGAACCUGGAUUUAACGAACCUCAAUAUAACAAAGUCCUCGAUAUAACAAACGAUUUUAUUUAGCCCGGAAAUAGGAAAAUAUAUGAAAAAGAACCUUGAUAUAACAAAAUCUCUUUAUAGUGAACAAGUUUUGUCAGUCCCUUUGCCCUUCGUUAAUCCAGGUUCUACUGUAAGUGGUACUGUCGAUAGUAAAAUACCCUCGCCCUCACACUUAAGAAGUGAAGACAGAAAAGUAAUGUUAUUAUGAUAGGUAUCUUCACAGACAAUGAUUAAUUUAAGCAACUAAACCAUCAAUUGUGUGUUUGUUUGUUUGUUUUUUUGUUUGCCUGUAUGUAUCAUUUUGGAAAGAACUAAUAAUUUAUUGUUUAUACAAAACAUUAGAAUAAAAAGGAAAUUUCCACAGGCAACAAACAUUCACGCUGUAAUGCAUCUCAACAGUCACCAUCAGCGUCAUUGAGUGGUCUUGAUUCAAGGUUUCUGAUACUGAAAUAUUGGACUGUACAUAUGAGACUCAAAUAAUAGUAAUUUAUUGUAAUAAUUUAUUGUAUCUCAUUCUUCAGAAUAAAUUGUAGAAAUUAUUUUAGUUCACUUGAAUGGGACUGUACAAGUGUUUUAAAAGUUUUUGGUUUAUUGAUACAACACAAAUAUAAAUAUCAUACUUACCAAACUAUUGACUGAUCAAACAAUUUUUGGGGGGAUGGAGGAGGGGGGGGGGUUGAGGGAUGUGGUUUAAGAAGGCAGAUCCCUCCAUAGGGGUGGAAGUAGGGUGCUGGAGUGGGGUGUGGUUGGGGGUGGAUAGAGUCAAUGAAUUUACAAAUUACUGUAGAAUUUUGGUACAACAUUUAUGAAAACAAUUUUGAGAAUCUUAAAAGAACUUCCUUAGUCCAAUUUCUCACUGUGCAUCUAAGGUAUGAGAAACACAGCAGCCUGAAAUUUCUACUAUCUUGCAGGUGUUUGAAUUUCUAAUUACCGUAAAUGAACUGUGUGAACAAAACUACCCAGCUGACUCUGUGGAAGUUGCUCUUGUAUUUAACUCAGAAAAAGCUAAGGUAAUGUUUUACAUUUGUUGAUUUGUAACAGAUGAAUUCCUUAUACUUUUCAGUCAAAUUGGCUGUAAUGCACUUAUACUGUAGCAGUUUUGGGUCUUUCUGGCAGAAAACAUGUAAAAAAGCUGACAUAAUUUUUCUUUACACAUAAUAAUAGUGAAAACUGUGUUGAUUUUAAAAUUUAUCUUAUGUUAUUGUAGGCAGUGGAAUUUCUUGAGUUGGUGAAAACUUUUAAAGAAUAUGGUUUCAAAGAGGAAAAUAUUCAUGAAAGCUUAAAAGCUGCUGAUAAUGAUAGAGAAAAGGCUCUGGAGUAUCUAAUGACACUAUCUUCUACAUAACAACUUCUGCUGAAUGGAUUGUACAGCUGCUGGAGGUAAUGAAUGUAUGAAUGUGUUAUUCUAGAAAAGAAAAAAAAACUAGUUUGUACAAGUUUACACAUGCAGCAAGGAUGACAAAAAAAAAGAACAGCCACAACAAUAACAAGUAAAGAUUGAUUAUCAUUAGAUGAGAAACCUUUCUCCUUGUAAUACAUGUAUUUAAACUGAAACUGUAGACUGUUCACAUGUCUCUGUUGUUUUUUUUUGCGUAAGAUUUUCAGGAUGGAGCGCUUGGUUCACUUACGUACCUAGGGAUGGGCAUCAGGGUUUAUCCAAGAUGCUGCCCAUAACACAAAGCACUUGAUCUUGACGAUCUUACUGGAAAAUAGGAGACUGUGAACAGUCUACGGAAACAGGUGUUUUAGUUACUGUAUUUACAUUGACAAAAUAUAAUCCUAGUCAGUUUAAAUUAGAAGGGGUGGGGGAUAUUAAUGCGUAACUGCUUGUUACUUCAUACUUCAACAAACUUCAGUGGUGGCUCAGUUUUCAUCUAGCUGUAACAACAAGGUUUUUUCUUUUUUUUUCCCAGGAAGACAGUUCACCUGGAUUUUACCAGCGGGGAGAAAAAUUUAAGAUGCAUUGUUGCUAAAAAUAAUAAUACUCUAAAAGACUAUGUAAUAAUAAUUAUGGUUAUACAUACAUGUAAUACAUGUACAUAAUCAGCUGACCUUAUGGCAAGAUGCAGUGCACUGUGUUUUCUUGUACCACAUCAGUCAAUUACAAAUGUGCUGAUGUUAUGGAAGGCUUCAUUUGCUUGUGCCCUUGAAGGCAGAGUGAUAUAGUGUUCAAGAAUGAAGGUUGUUGCACCUUUCCUGCCACUUAGACCUUGUUUCAAAUCUAAGGCAGGAAAUUCCACUUUUCUCUUUUUCUAUAGGAAAGACAAAAACGCAAAAACAGCUAGAGAGAGACUAAAAAAACGCUACCGAUGUCUGUUGGUAAACCCAGCUAAAUUACUCAAAGAUAACCUUCCACUUUGAAAAGAAGGACUCUGCAAUAAGGUCUUACUUCUGUUCACACAAGUGAUCUCCUUAAGGUUGUAAGGCAAGCUGGUAGAUCUCAGAUCUUGAGAGGCAAGGCUGUAACAUUAGUGACAAGUCCUGUACUUAGUGAAUGGUUUAGGUUGUCCUAUUUUAGUUUUUGUGACACCCGAACUUUUUUCUUUAAAGUUUCCUUGGUAGUUGUUAUAAAAGUUUUGACCCAUUGCAAUGUUGCAAGUGUUUUGAACAACAGGUGGACAUCUAGACUGAUUAGCAAAUCUCAAUUUUAUUUUAAUUUUAUGAGACAGUACAUCCAUGGGGCAAAUAAAAGCUUUGAAGUGAUGGUUUCACAUUAAAUACAGGCAUGUACCUAGGCUGGCUCGUUUCUGAGGCCGCGGAGUUCAUUUCAGCUGCUUUUCUUAAGUGUGUCAUUUUUGUUGAUAUUUUUGAGGCUCUUCGAUCGUUUUGGUAACGACUCCACUCUCUUUCCACCUUAAGUUUUGCAGCUCCACCGUGCGUUUAUUCAAUUCUGGGGGGCACCCAACGAGAAUAUAGCUCAAAACCACUUAAACAUUGUAUUUUACAACGUAUUUUAGUAUUUAAACGGUAGAUAUAGGCAUAUUCUCAUCCCCCAAAUUUUGUUAUCUGUUCGGAUUUCCCAGCUGACAGUCUAGUGAUCCGAAAAUUAUAGUGAUCAAAACUUAUCUUUUCGAAAAUUUCAGCCAGAACAAAGCCUCCCGAAAAUUCUAGGUGACCUUUUUACGGUAAAAAUCCGUUAAGAAUGGGCAAUUAUACCAUUUUUUAGAUGUUCGAAAAUCCUAG